AUGGUAGUGACUACUAUGCUGAACUACUACUUGUUUGUUAUCAUAACUGGAUGGUUCUUAAUGGCAAGGCCGUCAACAGUACUAGCUGCUAUAUAUGCCAAACCUCAUUGUAAAGAAAAGUGCGGAAACAUAACUAUCCCAUUCCCAUUCGGAAUUGGAUCGUCCAAUUGUUAUUUUGACAAAUGGUUCGAAAUCUCAUGCCACAACUCUGUGCCUUUCCUCAAACACAUCCAACUACAGGUACUUAACAUUUCGUUAUAUGAUAAUGACGACUAUAGACCCCAAUGGGUUCAGGUGAGAAGCCCCAUCAGUUUCUUCAACUGUGCAAAUAAGACAAGCAAAAAAUCAGCAAAUUUAACAGGAAGCCCCUUCUACUAUUCUUAUUACAAUGACUUCGUUGCAGUAAGUUGUGGUCUUGUUGCCAAGUACGAAAUAAGGAGAGAGGUGGCAGCUUCAAAAUCUCCAUGGAUAAUGAUUCUAGUACGACUCUUGCAACAAAUCGUGAUAACGAAUACUGCAAAUAUGCAUUCCUGA